AUGCCAAAAAAAACAAGCAAAGCACCAGAAAUCUGUCAACCAGGCGGUAUGUGUUAUAGAUUCCCACCACCAUGUUGUUCAAUUUGUUGCAUGAUCUUUUCAAUCUUUUCAUUUGUUGGUCUUAUUUCAAUUUAUGGUCUCAUUAGUAACGAUUACACUAAAGUUCAAGGUGAAGCUUAUUGGAAUACAGAACAAAUCGAAGGUGGUAAAAAAGCUUCAUUAAUUGGUAGUUUUAUCUAUUUAGGUGUUGCUGGUUUAUGUUUAUUCCUUUUCUUCUGUCGUAAAUUCACUGCUCCAAAGAAAAACCCAGAAGAUGAUGAAUAA